GGCGGCGGUGGCGCGGCGGGGAGGGCGUGCGCCGGCCGAGAGGUGUCGGUGGUGAGGGAAGGGAAGUUUCAAGUGGAAGGUCGUUCGCCGGCCGGCUCGUCCUCCCGCUCUCCUCCGGCAGCAUCAUGGCGGAGCCAAGCGGCUCGCCCGUGCACGUCCAGCAGUCCCAGCAGACAGCCCCGGUGACAGCGGCGGCGGCGGCGCCCGCGGCCGCGACAGCAGCGGCGGCCCCGGCAGCGCCCGCGGCCCCGGCCCCGGCCCCGGCGGCGCAGGCCGUCGGCUGGCCCAUCUGCAGGGACGCGUACGAACUGCAGGAGGUUAUCGGCAGCGGUGCUACGGCUGUGGUCCAGGCUGCUCUCUGCAAGCCCCGGCAAGAACGCGUAGCAAUAAAGCGCAUCAACUUGGAAAAAUGCCAGACCAGUAUGGAUGAACUAUUAAAGGAAAUUCAAGCCAUGAGUCAGUGCAGCCAUCCCAAUGUAGUGACCUAUUACACCUCUUUUGUGGUAAAAGAUGAACUUUGGCUGGUCAUGAAAUUACUAAGUGGAGGUUCAAUGUUGGAUAUCAUAAAAUACAUUGUCAACCGAGGGGAACACAAAAAUGGAGUUCUGGAAGAGGCAAUAAUAGCAACAAUUCUUAAAGAGGUUUUGGAAGGCUUAGACUAUCUGCACAGAAAUGGUCAGAUACACAGGGAUUUGAAAGCUGGUAAUAUUCUUCUGGGUGAAGAUGGUUCGGUACAAAUAGCAGAUUUUGGGGUAAGUGCAUUCUUAGCAACAGGGGGUGAUGUUACCCGGAAUAAAGUAAGAAAAACAUUUGUUGGUACUCCGUGUUGGAUGGCCCCCGAAGUCAUGGAACAGGUGUUAAUGUUGACUUUGCAAAACGAUCCACCCACUUUAGAAACAGGAGUAGAGGAUAAAGAAAUGAUGAAAAAGUACGGCAAGUCCUUUAGGAAAUUACUCUCACUGUGUCUUCAGAAAGAUCCUUCUAAAAGGCCCACAGCUGCAGAACUUUUAAAAUGCAAAUUCUUCCAGAAAGCCAAGAACAGAGAGUACCUAAUUGAGAAGCUGCUUACAAGAACCCCAGACAUAGCCCAAAGAGCCAAAAAGGUGAGAAGAGUUCCUGGGUCAAGCGGUCACCUUCAUAAAACCGAGGAUGGUGACUGGGAGUGGAGUGACGACGAGAUGGAUGAGAAAAGUGAAGAAGGGAAGGCAGCUUUUUCUCAAGAAAAGUCACGAAGAGUAAAAGAAGAAAACCCAGAGAUGGCAGUGAAUGCCAGCAGUAUACCCGAGCAGAUACAGUCCCUCUCUGUGCAGGACUCUCAGGGCCUACCCAAUGCUAGCGAAGACUAUAGAGAAGCUUCUUGCGCUGUGAACCUUGUUUUAAGAUUAAGAAACUCCAGAAAGGAACUUAAUGACAUACGGUUUGAGUUUACUCCAGGAAGAGAUACGGCAGAUGGCGUAUCUCAGGAGCUCUUCUCUGCUGGCUUGGUUGAUGGCCAUGAUGUAGUUAUAGUGGCUGCUAAUUUACAGAAGAUUGUAGAUGAUCCCAAAGCUUUAAAAACCUUGACAUUUAAGUUGGCUUCAGGCUGUGAUGGGGCGGAGAUUCCUGAUGAAGUGAAGCUGAUCGGGUUUGCUCAGUUGAGUGUCAGCUGAUGUAUGUCCCUUGACCUCUCCCUGAUCUGUCAUGCCCCCCCACCUCAACACUCCCCUCAAUCUUCUUUCCCCCACCCUGUCUCCCACCCCCUCACUCCCAGUUCCCACAAAAUCAGAAGAUUGUGAAGAGUCUGGCUUCAAUGAAAUGGGAUAAAAAAAGUUUUUUUUAACCUUACAACACUCCGAGUUCUGCUUCAUUCUCUAGCAAUCCACAGUAUGAGAACAAGCAAAUGCCACAGCUGCAAGACUGUUGCUGAUGUUUCCAAAAGCUAUUUAAUAUUCUUAGCAAUCAAUUCGGACAUCCCUUAAGUGAAAAGAAUCUGAAAUACACUCAGGUGGUCCUAUUUAGUGGCAACAAAAGGAAUUUUUUCUAUCAGAAGCCUAUUUCUUCCCUCAUUGUUCUUUCUGUUCUACUUUAAUUGUACAUCUGACAAUACUGCCUCUUUUAUGUUGUAUUUAGAAAUUAAUAUACUUAUAAAAUUAAGAUUUAUUAGCCAAACUUGAAUUCUAGUUUUAAAACUGACUGUGAAUUUUAUUUUUCAUAUAUUUAUGCAUUACACACCUUAGCUAUAAGAAGAAAAGUUUUUGAUUAUAUGCUUCUUGCAGUUAAUCUCUUGUUAUUUAAACAAAAAAUUUCAGGUCUAUCUUUGGAGUAUUUAUAACUUUUGAUUUUGGGAAAUGACUGAAUUAGGAACUAGGAUGCUUCUUAGUUUGGUUUGUUUGCCGAAAAACCAAUCCACAAUCAAAUUGUCUCCGGAGAGGGAGGUGCCUUGCAAACUUUCGUAUAAAGAAUGUGCCUGAGGCUGCUUUACUCUGGAAUAGUCUCAGAUCUAAAAUUUCCUCUACAUCCAGUGGCAUAUGUAAGUUUUGCUUCAUUGGAACGUAUAGAAUGCUAUAGAAAAUGUUGCCAUUCUCUUAGACUGCUCAUUAUAUACCCCUCUCCGACUUGACUUCUCCUUAAGUGAUUGAUAGGAUUUGUUGUUCCAAAGUUAAUAAACUUGAAGCUACCAGAAUCUGAGUUUUACUUGAAAUUCGGAAAACACCCAGAUGGAGUGAAAAAUAGAAAGGGUUUUGUGCAAUGACUAAAAAGGUAAAAUGCUGUUAAGUUUCAAGAAUAAAUACUUUCAACCCAAGUAGCCCUCUGCUUGACUAUAUAUUACAGAAUAGUAAACCUUAGGAUUUUCGAAAUUGGAGUCUAAACUGUCAGGGAGGUGGGCUCCCAGGAUGGUACCGUUGCUCUUUCCUAGCUAACCCUAGAUAUGGCAGCUCUUUAAUGUACUUUAAAAAGCAAAUAUAUAUUACUAAGGAAAGAAAAAGUUAUUUAUAAUUGCCUUGUCAGAAUUGAGGUGUUCUAGAGCCAUUUGCAUACAAUUUAAUGUAAUUUCAUUCCAUUCUAUUGUUUACACAACGAUUACUCAAAGAUGACUGCAAAGGUAAAAGGAAAAUAAAAGUGUACUGC